AUACUUCUGAUACCAAAUAUAAAGAGGGUAGCAAGUCGCAUACAUUCAACCAAGGCAGGAAAACCUCGACUCCCAGAGAAAAUAGUUUUUGAGGCCUGAGAAUCAUGCGUUUGUCUUUGCUGAUUGUUGUCAUGGCAUUGACCGUGAUGAUAAAAAUCGAUGCUAAAAAGUAUUCAGGCGGAUAUAAAUCUGCAGAGGAAGGAUACAAUAAGGAGGAUAAGUGCUAUUCAAAGGGCUAUCCAAGAACUAAUAAACUGUCUGUUGGUUACGGAGAUCAAUCACCAAAACUCAAGCAAACGAACAAUUCACUACGUAUUGAAAGAAUAUCCGGCAGUUAAAGAAGCCCUGAAGAAUAGUCAUAUAGAAUGCGAAAAGGCAUACAACUAUUAUCGGUACUAUGAUGGACAAGAAGAAACGUGUCCGACCGAGCUUCAACUGGUCACUAAGGUAUACAUUGGAGAGGAAUGGUGCGACGUGGCUAAGCCUGACUACCAGUGUGUUACAGCUGCAUCUUGCCAAACACCAAAAGAACCUUGUGCUGGGUACCAAAAAUGGCCAAGGACUAGUUCCUGCAUGUAUGCCGGAUUUCGAUACUUUCGUGUCUGGGUCUUCUGUAGAAGUUGCGGUUUCAAGUUGAUUAAGCUGAAAUCGCCUCAGUGUUGUUCAUGUUGGACAUUCCAAAUGUGCGAAGGAGAUGGAGGUGGCCGUUGAUAAGAGACUCUCUUCUCAGAAACAAAUGUCAUCAAAGUAUCAUUAAAUUUUCUACAUGAAAA